UUGAAAUGAAGAGGCAAUCUUGCUUCAAGGCUAUAGCUUUCUUGCUAUCUCUCUUCCCCUUGCCUGAGUGCAUUCAAUCGAUUAUUAGGUUAAGCGUAGAAGUUCCUCCAGCAAUAAGCCAAGAAUGUUACGGAGAAGUCUUAGAUGAAUUUUCUAAGAAGGCAAAGGUUCCUGGCUUUCGGCAGGGAAAGAAAGUUCCAGAAAAUAUUCUUCUAAACUACAUUGGUAGACAGAACAUUCAACAAGCUGUAGUUGAGGCAACUUUGAAAAAAACUCUUCCACAUGCUAUGUCUUCCGUACGUGAACAUAACAUUAGCUUGCCAACUUGUAGUAGAAGGCAGUCAUUUAUCCAUCCAAUAUUAUGA